AGAGACAAAUAAUGUCAUAAUUUGUUUUUGACACAAUUAAAUAUUUGAAGUCCAUGGUAUAAAACGACUGAGAAAUAUUGAGAGAGAUGUAAACCAUCAUAUGCAAGCGAAGGUAGAUUUUGUGUGAUAGAAAUGUACUGUUCAAAUUAUAGGAAAAGCUUGAUCGUACAACAAUAUGAUCAUUGAUGUUGUAUGAUACAGAGUGUUGAACAACAAUCUACUAUCAUGGAAGUAAGAUUAGCGUAGUGUAAAGGCGAGAAUUCUAUGUUGGAUGUAUAAAAAUACUAGACAAGAUAAGAUUAUGAAGGAUAGUAUUAGAGAUAGAGUGUGAUAACAACUAUUCUAGAAACCAUGGUUGAAUAUCAGAUUUCAUAGUUUUGACAUGUAGAUUUUAGAGUAAUUAUUAUUUUUUUUUAAAUAGUCUAAUGGUGAGAGUCACACAUCUUAAGUGCAGAGAAAUAGAGAAUCCCGAGUUUGAAUAUGUGUCGCAACAUAUCAAAUGUUAUUGCAGCUACCAACUGAUUUGUACUUACUAUAUAAAUUGCAGAUGAUUGAGGAUAAUUUAAUUGUUAUAGGCAAAGAAAGGCCAAGAACAACUAAAUAAGAAACUACCAGGAAAGAUAAAGCAUUAUGACACCUAGUGGAGAAAUGAACAUGCUUUUUCAAAAAAGAAAGAAUGAACAUGGACACAAAAGCAGUCAGGAACCUUUCAAUGCCGAGCCACCACAAUCUGCCUUGUUUUCGGCAUAUUUGACUCCUGCAGAUUUAUUCUACAAGAGAAAUCAUGGCCCCAUACCGAUAGUUGAUGACAUUGGAAAAUACAGUGUGUCAAUAUCUGGAUUGAUAGAAAAUCCCAAACAACUUUUUAUGGAAGAUAUCAGGAAGCUUCCCAGGUACAAUGUCACCGCCACACUACAGUGUGCCGGAAAUAGAAGAACUGCUAUGAGCAAGACUAAAACAGUUAAGGGAGUUGGUUGGGGUGUGUCUGCUAUUGGAAAUGCUGUUUGGGGUGGUUCUAAACUGAGUGAUGUUCUUGAGCUUGUUGGAAUACCAAAGUUGACGAGUACCACUAAAUUCGGAGGAAAAUAUGUCGAAUUUGUAAGCAUUGAUCGGUGUAAGGAGGAAAAUGGAGGUCCAUACAAGGCAUCAAUUACCCUCAGUCAAGCUACAAAUCCUGAAGCCGAUGUUCUACUUGCUUGUGAGAUGAACGGAGAACCUCUUAAUAGGGAUCAUGGUUAUCCAUUACGCGUGGUUGUUCCUGGCGUUAUUGGAGCUCGGUCUGUUAAAUGGCUGGAAGCUAUCAAUAUCAUAGCAGAAGAAUGUCAGGGGUUUUUCGUGCAAAAAGACUACAAAAUGUUUCCUCCAUCAGUAAAUUGGGAUAACAUUAAUUGGUCAUCUAGAAGACCUCAAAUGGAUUUUCCUGUUCAGUGUGUUAUAUGUUCUGUAGAAGAUAUGACCACAAUUCCGCCGGGGAAGGUAAAAAUUAGUGGAUAUGCAGCAUCAGGUGGUGGCAGAGGCAUUGAAAGAGUGGAUGUGUCUGUUGAUGGAGGAAAGAGUUGGAUGGAAGCUUCAAGGUUUCAAAAAAGUGGCAUUCCUUAUACAGCAGAUGAUGAUGACAACAGUGACAAAUGGGCAUGGGUGCUUUUUGAGGUCACUGCUGAAAUUCAACAAAGCACUGAGAUUAUUGCUAAAGCGGUGGAUUCAGCAGGAAAUGUUCAACCUGAAAAGGUUGAAGAUAUUUGGAACUUGAGAGGGAUAUUAAACACUUCAUGGCAUCGGAUACAACUUCAAGUCAUUGAUUCUAACCCUUAAAAGUUGUUUCCAUUCCACAUUAUGUAUUUGGUGGAGGUAUUGCAGAGGUCUAUCUCAAAAUGUGUUUAUAUACUCAGGCAUGGUUAUUUAAAUCUCAAAUACACAUUUCACCAAAGCCUGUUGAGCUUAAAAUUUGAAUAAUGUACAACUUAACCGAGUAAGCGCGAUGACAAUGUCGUAAAAAAAGAACUACACAAACAUAUAAUUGAAUUUUAUAAAAAUGCUACUUUGUUA